GCACUGCGAGUAGUGAUGAGCCCAUUCGAUCCGGCAGGAUUGUUGUGUUUUUUCCUCAUACACGGCAAGGUACUAAUCCAGGAGCUGUGGAGGGCGAAGACGACAUGGGAUCAACUAAUUCCGGAGGAGUUACUUGGGAAGUGGAUGCGGUGGACGAGUUUGUUCAAACAUCUGGACCAGAUUAGCAUUCCGCGUUGCUACUUUCCGCAACGUUCGGUGAAAGAUAUCUUGUCGCUGCAACUGCAUAUCUACGUGGAUGCUAGCGAAGAAGCUUAUGCGUGUGUCGCUUACUUUCGGGCGGUAUUUCCGGAUGGGAUUUCUGUUGCGUUAGUCGGUGGGAAAUCCAAGGUGGCUCCACUGAAGGCACACUCCAUCCCACGGUUGGAGUUGAUGGCAGCGGUAAUCGGAGUACGCUUGAUGAAGACCAUCCUCACUGGGCACUCGCUCGUAGUCGAGAAGACAGUGUUAUGGUGUGACUCUAAGACGGUGCUGGCUUGGAUAAAUUCAGAUCAUCGAAGAUAUCGCCAGUUCGUAGCUUGCCGAGUAGGUGAGAUUUUGUCCAAGUCGGAGGCGAAGCAAUGGCGUUGGAUAUCAUCGAGAAAGAACGUCGCCGACGAUGCGACAAAGUGGGGAAAAGGGCCGUGUUUGUCCUCAGGCGGCCGUUGGUUCCGUGGUGACAACGAUUUAUAUUUGCCAGAAGAUCAAUGGACCAUAGAUGCAGAUUCAGUCGGCGCGACGACCGAUGAAGAGCUGAGGUCGUGUUUGGUGCACAAGGAGGUUAUCGUACCGCCACAACUUGUGAGGUGGGAGCGAUUCUCGAAACUGACGCAUUUGUAUCGAUCGGUAGCACAUGUUCAUCGCUACGUACAAAAUCUACGGCGAACGGUAAAACGAGAGACUCGACUGGACGGACCACUCACUCAAGAGGAAUUAGCAACAGUCGAAACCACAAUCUUUCGUUGGGUGCAGUGUGAGCAGUAUCCGGACGAGGUGGCGACUUUGUCAGUAAUGCGGGACAAGCAGCCAGGACAACAGGCGCGGCUAGAGAAAACCAGCAAAAUAUACAAACUGUCUCCGUACUUGGACGAAGCAGGUGUUAUUCGUUCUGAUGGAAGGAUAUCUGCUGCGACCGUCGCCGCGUUUGACGCUAAGUUUCCAGUAAUAUUGCCGAAAGCCCAUCCAGUGACUAGACUGCUGGUUGAAUGGUACCACCAACGAUUUCUUCACGCCAAUGGCGAGACUGUCGUGAACGAAGUGAGACAGCGUUUCCACAUAUCGCAGCUGCGCCCGUUCGUGCGUAAGGUGGCUAAAGAGUGCGCCUUGUGUAAAGUCAAGAAGCCAAGUCUGGCGACACCCCGAAUGGCUCCACUCCCGGCGGCCAGGUUGCAGGCGUACGUACGUCCAUUUUCCUACGUAGGCGUCGACUAUUUCGGGCCGAUCGGCGUGCGGGUGAACCGAAGUAUUGCAAAACGAUGGGUAGCUCUGUUCACGUGUAUGACCACACGAGCAAUCCAUCUCGAAGUCGCUCACACACUUUCAACGGAAUCUUGCAAGAUGGCGAUCAGGCGUUUCAUCGGACGCAGAGGAGCACCUGUGGAGAUCCGCAGCGACAGGGGCACAAAUUUCGUGGGAUCGAGCAACGAACUUAAGCAGGAGAUGGGCAAAAUCGAGCGCCAGCUUGCCGAAACGUUCACCAACGCGAACACGAAAUGGGUGUUUAACCCACCUGGAUCACCUCACAUGGGUGGCGCCUGGGAGCGUCUAGUGCGGUCGGUGAAAACCGCUCUUGCUGCAAUGGAGUCUUCUCGAACGCCGAACGAAGAAACGCUGGCAACGUUGCUAGUGGAAGCUGAGAGUGUGGUCAAUUCGAGACCGCUAACAUAUAUUCCUCUGGAGACGGCGCAACAGGAGGCUCUAACACCGAACCACUUUCUUCUAAUGAGCUCGAGCGGCGUAACGCAGACUCCGAAGACGCUUACGGAUCCAAGACAAGCCUGCAGGAACGACUGGAAUCUAUGCCGUACAAUGGUAGAUCAGUUUUGGCGCCGGUGGGUGCGGGAAUAUCUUCCUACCAUCGCACGUCAUACCAAGUGGUUUGAGGAGACAAAACCGAUCGAGGUAGGAGAUUCGGUGAUCAUCGUAGAGGAGAAGAUACGCAACGGAUGGAUUCGAGGACGUGUAGCCAAGGUCGUGGUGGGCCGAGAUGGGCGAGUUCGCGAUGCCGUGGUGCAAACUCCCGACGGAAUGGUGCAUCGACCUGUUGCAAAGCUGGCGCGGAUCGACAUAGAAAAGGUGGGGCUUCAGCCGGGAACAGCAGAAGGUAAAGCUGAACCGGAGAUAGCUAACCAGCCUUACGGGUCGGGGAGUGUUACGGUAUGUCCCGCUGACCCCUUCCAACUCCACGGUCUACCACCUGUCGGUGGACAAUUUUGAUGUAGUGAGGACCAUUUGAAAUGGAAGGAUAGGAAAAGGGAAAAAAGGACCGUUUGAAAUGGAAGGAUAGAAAAAGGAAAAAAAGGAUCGUUUGAAAUGGUAGGAUAGAAAAACAUAGACGUCACGUAGAGAUGAGAGAAAGGUAUAAGAAAAAAGAAUAGAUAGAAAUUGUUGGAAGUUUAAGUAAAUAGCACGUUGAAUUCGUGAAGAUAUAAGCAAACAUUUAUUUCCGUGCCGGAAGGCCAAGAAACGCACGCAACCGUUCGAAUUGUGCACGAUUGAGGUUAGGUGAUACGUGACUUGCGUAUUGCCCUGUAAUCUAGCCGUAAUUGUUGGGAAUUAACGAGAUACAAUAAUUGACCGAUC